AAUUUGAAGGAAAACCCUCCCCGCCAGAGGAGCUGCAUGCCAGCAGAGAGUGAACUCCGGGUGUCCAAAAGCGUGAAGUCCCCCCCUCACCUUGAAGGAUUUCUACACACUCGUGGAACCACGGCUUCAAAGGUGGACUGCGUCUUUUCCUCUCUUUCCUUGCAUUUCUUCAAGAAAGAAAUGGAAGAGGGCUCUGGUUCUCCGGUCUCCCCUGUGGAUAGUCUGGUGACCAGCGAGGAGGAGCUGGAUCGACAACAGAAGCGCUUUGCGAGGAAGAGGAGGCACAGCAAAAAGUUCAGCGAGGACAGCAGCGGGAGCAGCCCGGGCCCGGUGAAGCGGGCCAAAAAGCCCAGUCCGAGCAGCACUCAGUCCUACGAAGAGCUGCAGAACCAGCGCGUCCUGGCCAACGUCCGGGAGAGGCAGCGGACUCAGUCCCUGAACGAGGCCUUUGCGUCUUUGCGCAAAAUCAUCCCCACGCUGCCGUCGGACAAACUCAGCAAGAUCCAGACGCUGAAGCUGGCGUCCAGAUACAUCGAUUUUCUCUGUCAGGUGCUGCAGAGCGAUGAGAUGGACAGCAAGAUGUCCAGCUGCAGCUAUGUGGCGCACGAAAGACUCAGUUACGCGUUCUCCGUGUGGAGGAUGGAGGGCGCCUGGUCGAUGUCAGCAUCUCACUAGCGGCGGGAGAGCCUCCCUCACAAUGCCAAAGCGACUGUUUACUUCCACAAACCAAAGGGAUUUUUGGAGAAACCCCUCGACCUCAAAGGCCUGGCGGAGACACGUAACGUGACCCGUUCCUACAAAGUGGAGUGGCGUGCGUGUGCGCGUGCGUGGGUGACUGUCCAGAUCUGCUCGUGUCAGUGAGGACAGGCAGAGCAGGACCGAACCAGCAUCAGCAUUUCUAAAGGGGAAGGUUUUUUCCCCCACCAAGACUCUAAAGCAAAGUUUGAAUAUAUUAAGAUGUAGAUACAAAGAAUUAAAACCUAUUAUACAUAUUUGUGUUAUUAUAUCCUGUAGGGACCAAUGCAAUUAAGAAGCUUUGGCUGCAUGGAUUUAGUCCAUUUUUCUGCGAGUUGUCCUCCAAAUUCCGUCCAGUUUUCAUUGUUGCUGUGCUUAUUUAUUAAAACAGGGAUUAUUUUGAAGGAAAUGUGAUGCACUUGUAUGUUUGUUAUUAUUCUGUGUAUAAAUGAAGGCAAAAACUUUCAGCUCAGUCAAAUUUAAUGAAAAAAUAAAUAAAUUAGCCAAUUAUUUAUACAAAUUUGUGAGGAUUUUUUUUUCUUUUUUCUCGUGUAAGAAUUGCCCUUUUGCCCUCCCCCCUCCGCUUGUUAUGAAAAAGUAAAAAAACCCCGGGCUUAAAAAACAGACCAUAAAAAAAAAUACGGCUUCAUUAACAGUGGAGGAAACUCGGGCCAGUUUUCAAACUCAGCCACAUAAAAUGUUUGUCCGCUCAAAUAACGGGUAAUCAUUUCAAAUGCCUCUGCGCUCCUUAACGAGCGGGAGCCCCAAAGAGCUCAGAUAAGCACGGAAACUCCGCCUGGAGCCACAGAAGAAGGGGUGGAGGGGGGAAGCAGGACCCCAACUAGACUGAAGACAUUCCUUUGAAUCUCUCCUAAUACAUCCAAACUGUUUAAAUCCUGCUUUCCCAGACUUGAUGCAAUCUAAACACUAAAAAAAGAGCCUUUUGUCAACUGCGGGCUGCCAGGGUAAAUGCUGGAGCUCGAGCUGAACCCCAAAUCUGCCCUUCAAGAAUCAGCAGAGAAACAAAGCUCUGUUUCAGAAAGAGUAACUAGCUUUAAACUUACAACUUGACAUGUUUCAUGACUUUCGGCUUCUGCUUUGCUCUGGUUUUAGUGGAAAAGUGCAGAUGCUGCUGUCCUGUCAGAGCAUGCGGACGCCGGUGUCCGGGCUCCGUCCUGUGUGAAGGGAUACAGAAAAGUUUCAGUGUGAAAACAUGGAAAUACACGCAGACUUCAUAUCAGAUUAAGAAUGUAAUCUGAUCCAAAAAGCUGCAAUUUUCUCAGAGUUUAUGCAAUAACAGGCCAGAUCCGCUCUGAGAUCUCUCACAAGUUUGCCUGAGUCCCUUUUGGCAUGGUGGUCCUGGAUGCUGCUGGGCAGGCCUUCCUACCGAGCCCCACUGAUCCAUAGGAGCCAGUUUGAUACCUGCUCAUUAUCCCGGGCCCUUGCAUCUGAGCGGCUCACAAUCACCCGGGGGCCACAGCUCCAGAGCUGCGAGAGAUCCAGAUGUUUCCCGUAAAAUCAGACGGAAAAAGCUACAAAACUUUAAUUUGCAGUAAAAAGGGAAUAAAGGUUUAGACUCGGUGCGCCUCAAACCGUGUUCGUCUGCUUCAGAGAGAAAACCUGCCUGAGCUUCCUCUGGCUGUUUGUGAGCUCCGCCGGCCGCCACCAUGGCAGGACUCAGAGUCUUAGUCGGGAUUCAAAAAGGCUUGAAGGUUAGAUCUGUCAUUCUCUUGUUGUUAUCAAGAUGUUCAGAUGGAUGAGGUGAGGGGAGUCUGCUGUGGAGCAGAAGCAGACUUUAGCUGAGAAGAUAUUUAUGUUACAUGUUUCCUUUUUUAAGGCAAAAAUACUCUGAUUACUUUGAAUAAAUCACGGUUUUUUAACU